AUGGCGGCCAAGUCGCCCGAUCCGGUUGCUUCGCACGACAAGCAUCUCGAAGCCGACGAAGAAGCAAACACCCCCAGCCAUUCAUCCACCCUCUCGGAAAAGGACCUAGAAGAACCAAAUCCACAGCCGCUCGAUCCCGAUGUCGAACACGGCAUCCCGGUCAUCGAUCCGACUCAGGAUGCCGACGAGAAGGGCCCGCCCGCCGUCACCGUCGACCACGAUCCAAAUAUCGUCGAUUGGGACGGCCCAAAUGACCCGGAGAAAGCCAUCAACUGGACGAACAGGAAGAAAUGGUCCAACGUGGCCAUCAUAUCUUCCGUCACCUUCCUGACACCUCUGGCCUCGUCGAUGGUCGCCCCAGCCACACCCUUGAUCAUGAAAGAAUUCCACUCAUCCAACAACACCAUCGGUAGUUUCAUUGUCUCCAUUUACAUCCUGGGCUACGCCUUGGGUCCCCUAUUCAUUGCCCCGUGCAGCGAAAUAUGGGGAAGGCUCCUCGUCUACCAUGUCAGCAACUUUACGUUCGUCAUCUGGACGAUGGCGUGUGCUUUGGCACCCGGAAUGGGGUCGUUGUUGGUUUUCCGUCUUCUGGCAGGAAUCGCGGGAAGUUGCCCAAUCACCAUUGGGGGUGGCUCUAUAGCAGAUCUCAUUGCCCAAGAGAAGAGAGGUGGCGCGAUGGCCUUGUUCACCCUGGGACCGCUCAUGGGCCCAGUCAUUGGUCCUGUAGCGGGCGGAUAUCUGGGCCAGGCCGCCGGCUGGCGCUGGAUCUUUUGGCUCAUCACCAUCGCUGGCGGCGUCAUGUUGUGUGUCUCGGUCAUCUUCCUGCGGGAGACCUUCGAACCCACGCUCCUGGAGCAGCGGGCGAAACGACUCCGCAAGGAGACGGGCAAUCUCAAUCUACGCUCCAAGCUCGACCAGGGUCUCGCCAUGCGCGUCUUCUUCGUCCGUGCUCUUGUGCGGCCCACCAAGAUGCUCCUCUUCUCGCCGAUCGUCCUCUUGCUGUCUGUCUACAUGGCAGUGGUCUAUGGCUACCUAUACCUUCUCUUCACCACGCUCACCAUUGUCUUUGAAGGGCAAUACCACUUUAACCAAGGCACGGUUGGACUGAGCUUUCUCGGAAUUGGCAUCGGUUCCAUGAUUGGGCUGAUCAUUUUCGGGACGCUGUCAGACAAGGUCGUUAAGAAGUUGUCGGCCAAGGGGGAAAUGAAACCCGAAUACAGGCUGCCACCACUCAUCCCUGGCAGUCUCCUCAUUCCCAUUGGCUUGUUCUGGUAUGGAUGGUCCGCGGACAAGGCGGUCCAUUGGAUUAUGCCCAUCAUUGGCACGUCUUUUGUCGGAUUCGGUCUGCUCGCGACCUUUAUGCCAAUGCAGACAUAUCUCGUCGACGCAUACCACAUUCACGCCGCCUCGGCCAUCGCCGCCAACACCGUUUUGAGAAGUUUAAUGGGCGCUUUCCUUCCCCUGGCGGGGCCCGAAAUGUACGCGGCUCUGGGCCUGGGAUGGGGCAAUUCUCUGCUUGCAUUCAUCGCGCUCGCUCUGGCGCCGAUGAGUUGGUUCUUCUUUCGCUAUGGCGAGACGAUUCGGAAGAAAUACCCGGUCAAACUGUGA